UCUCACACGGAUAUUUUGACUGCACUACUAAGGAAGACAGGCUAAAUCUUUUUAAAUAUUUGGAUUUCAUACCUAUCGAUAAAUCAGCGUCUCCGAAUCAUAUAUGUGAAUCGGCUCAAUGUGUCGGAUCGGAAAGAUUCGGCUCAAAGAACCGACUCUCUGGCGGACGAGUCAUCCCUCCCUGUAAGUGUGUGCUGUGGAAAUUAAAGAUGGCGCCUUCACACGUCCUCAGAUGCUGUCAGCGGGGUCUGGCUUGGAUACCAGUCAUAUUUAUAGCUUUAGUCGUGUGUUGGUCGUAUUAUGCUUACGUUGUGGAGCUGUGUGUGUUCACAGUGCCGAGUCUCGGAGAAAAAGUUAUCUACUUGGUCAUUUUUCACCUCUCCUUCAUCUUGUUCGUUUGGUCUUAUUGGAAGACCAUCUUCACGAAACCAACGAAUCCAACCAAAGAGUUCUGUUUACCCAAAGCUGAGAAGGAGCUUUAUGAGAAAGAAGAGCGUCCCGAGACGCAGCAGGAGAUCCUGAAGCGAGUGGCGAGCAGUCUGCCGCUCUACACACGCACCGGCGCUGGAGCCAUCCGCUACUGUGACCGCUGCCAGGUCAUCAAACCCGACCGGUGCCACCACUGCUCCGCGUGUGACAUGUGCGUGUUGAAGAUGGAUCAUCACUGCCCGUGGGUGAACAACUGUGUCGGUUUCUCCAAUUACAAGUUCUUCAUCCUGUUCCUGGCCUACUCGCUGCUGUACUGCCUGUUCAUCGCUGCCACCGUGCUGCAGUACUUCAUCAAGUUCUGGACACUUUGCCGGAGGAAAUCGGCAGAGAAUUGUCCGAAGAGUGAGCUGCCCGACUCUCAGGCCAAAUUCCACGUGUUGUUUCUCUUUUUUGUGGCGGCCAUGUUCUGCAUCAGCAUCCUCUCGCUCUUCACUUACCACCUGUGGCUUGUAGGAAAGAACAGAUCUACGAUAGAGGCGUUCCGAGCGCCCGUCUUCAGGAACGGACCGGAUAAAAACGGGUUCUCGCUGGGAUUCAGCAAGAACAUCGCACAGGUGUUCGGAGACCAGAAGAAGUUCUGGCUGCUACCAGUUUUCACCAGUCAGGGAGACGGACUCACAUUUCCAACCCGGCUGGUCGUCUCUGAUCCCGAGCAGCCAACAGUAGUCGUACAUCCUGAUUGCCUGAGCCAAAGUGUGGAAGGUGAGCAGAGUAGUCCUCUCAGCGAGUCUCAGAAACAUCUGCUCAACAACGACGUCCACGAUGAUCACAUCGUCGUAGAGGCUGUAAAGUCUGAUGAAAGUGACACCAUCACGGUUUCCGUGGCGAGCGAGUCCUAGCCAGGGUUCGUGAUCGUUAAAAACUGUGGAGGAGAAACACAGCCAUCAAACGUGAUGCCUUAAACAACUCCAUCACCUCUGCAGCAGCUCCUCGUCUGUGUUCAGCGUUCGGAGAAAUUUGCAUCCAUCAGUUUUUUUUCUUCUUCGUUUCUUCUUUUUUUUCACUGCAGUCACAUUUUAUCUUCACACCCACUCAUGAACUUUGAGUAAUGGUGCAAUUCUUAUAAAACCGUUUGUUGUUUACGAGAAAUAUUCGCACUACCGCUGUAUUGUUAGGGGGUUUCAUUUCCCCGGCAGUAUCGGAUCUGAUGUUUACAAAGCGGGGAGUGAUCUAAAGAGCUAUAGCCAUUUCCAUCUCCGCUCCAUUCCUGCUGCGUUUAUUUUAACGUCAUCUUACAUAGCAGACGUGUUUCAGUUCUACUGCAUCUGACCGUUUGUUUGUUUGUUUGUUUGUUUUUUUAAAUACUGGUGAUCAUAGUGCUAAUAGUUUUUCUCUCCAAGAUAACAGUUUGUUGUAUUUGAGGUCACAGGAUCGCACAUUUGCACGUUGAAAUUCCGGUUAGCAAACAUUUAAAUGAAAUUAUUAUUAAUACAUAUAUUAUAACUCUCACCCAUCAAAAACAAACCGUUACGUCACAAUAUCAAAUAACGUACUUCCGGGUGGAUAACGGCGGUGACGCUGCACUAAGAGUGUUAAACGAUUUAUUUCAACAAUAUAUUGAAAAAAAAAGAACAACGUUUUCAUUUAACUUUUGAUUAAAUAUCGAAAUACGCAGAUAUCCUGCGUGUCUAAAUAUUGACAGAACUAGACGCUCCUAACCAAAAGCAGUUUUGGUUCAAGUUGGAUGUUAAAGUUCAUUAAUUAUAAAUGAUUUCUCCAAUGCUGGAACUUUACGAUUAUCAGGAUCACGUGUGUGUAGAAUCGAUAUUUUACGUCUCAUUUUAAAUGAUUUAAAACAGUAUUGAUUAUGUUCUUGGAGUAUUGAUUAUUAUUUUUUAAUCAUCAUCAUCAUAAUGUAGAUUAACAGGAGCCAUUUUAGAAAAGUGAAACGUUUCGGAACGAUGGAAUAAAGCGGAACAGGGACGUGUCGUCUUUAAGGGGUUACGUGGUCAGAUCAUGUGGAGAGUGUCCGAUUUAAAAACCAGUUUUUCUGCACAGAGUGAACAAGACGUACAAAACUAGCGAGGGAAAAUAAAUCCUGAUGACAGACAGGAGUUAAAAGGUAGAAAACAGAAAGAACGCUGAACUGAAUGUGUUGAGGAAUGUCGCAAACACAGCAAUGUUUUCUCAUCUGUUCGUAUUUACGAGUCAUGUGUCAUUUGCGAAUGAAUCGACUCUUUGAGAAUGAAUCGACUCUUUAGCUGAACACUGAGAGCUGUUUUUUUUUUUGUUUGUUUGUUAGUUUUUUUUUUCCUUGUCAUUUUUCUUGGGAGAUGUAGACAAUGCCAUCACUCCUGUAGUGUAAUCACGUAAUCAUCAUUUAAUCACGGAAACCUCUUUUCCAACAUCUGAGUUGUUCGUUAGCAUUAAUUUGAAUCAUUUUCAGUAAUCACUCUAUAUCAGUCAGAGUCACGGUGAGGUUUGAUAUUCUUUACGUUAAUUAAAUCAAAUAAAAUUUUCGAUUCUUCAUCUGAACAGCGCACGAGCAUCCUCUUCGGCCAUGUUUAUAUUUAGAUCAUCGUUUAUUCAAAAUAAAUGUUCUCACAAGUCAGAAUUUAGCAACGAAUCAUUUAGGAGCCGACUCUUACUGAGCCGAGUCAAAUGAUCUGACUCACUACUGAAAAGAUCAGACCUUCCAGCACGAGUAUAUUUAGCAAACAGGAUGUGAGUUUUCCACCCGGAAGUCCCUCCAUCCCGCAUGUGUACAAAGAUUCAGAUUUAGUUUAAAGUGUGUUUACAGUAUCACAAAGUGCAUAGAUGAGGGAUAUAAAUGUUUUUUUUUGCAUUAGGGCUGUUAACAAUUCGAAUAUGUUUUUUUAAUUUUUAUAAUAUUUAAGCCUUUCAGGACAAAACAGAGCAACACAUGUUUUACUUUUAGACGUAUAAAGUGUAAAAAUCUUUCCAAAAAUUUUUUUAGGUAAAUGACCCUUGUGUUGUGUUGCUUAAUUACCUAAAACAUGACCCAGUAUUUGUGUAAACAUCCGAUUUGCUAAUUACCCACAGGAACUUACUUCAGUCGCUCUUUCUAUGGCUGAGUAUCAGAUGGUGAUCUGUUUGGAUGUACAGUCUCCUCCGUUUUUGCUUUUAAAAAAAACAAAACAAUGAAUAUGAGACGACAGAUCAGAAUUUCAUCUUUCAUUUUCUGAUAUUUACAUCUAGAGAUCUUAAAAAGCUUAGAAUAUGGCACCUUUGGUGGAAGACCACCCAAUGUUUUGGUGAGCAAAAGUAUUGGAACAGAUAGACUUAAUUAUAUAUAUUAAUAGUUAAUUAAAGAAAAUAACACUUGAUAUUUGGUUGCAUGUCUCUUGCUUGCAAUAACUGCAUCAAGCUGGUGAUCCACUGACAUCACCAAACUGUUGCAUUCUUCUUUUGUGAAGCUUUUCCAGGCUUGUAGCGCAGCUUCUUUCAGCUGUUGUUAGUUUUGAGGGGUUUCUCUCUUCAGUCUCCUCUUCAGGAGGUGAAAUGCUGCUCAGUUGGAUUAAGGUCUGGUGAUGGACUUGCCCAGUCUAAAACCUUCCACUUUUUCCCCUGAUGAAGUGCUUUGUUGUGUUGACAGUGUGUUUUGGGUCGUUGUCUUGCUGCAUGAUUAAGUUCCUCCCUAUUAGAUUGGAUGCAUUUCUCUGUAAAGUGUCAGACAUGUUAAUGUUUCUGUAGACUUCUGAAUUCAUUCUGUUGCUACCAUCAUGAGCUCCAUCAUCAGUAAAGAUUAGUGAGCCUGUUCCAGAAGCAGCCAUGCAAGCCCAAGCCAUGACACUACCUCCACCAUGCUUCACCCAUGAGCUCAUAUGUUCUGGAUCAUGAGCAGAUCCUUUCUUUCUCCAGACUUUGGCCUUUCCAUCACUUUGGUAGAGGUUAAUCUUCGUUACAGAACUGAUGUUUUUGGGUUUUUCUUCACAGCUUUCACAAUGUUUCUCUUAUCAGCUGCUGUUGUUUUUCUUGGCCGACCUGCUCGAUGUCUGGUUGUUUGUACAACUGUGCUUUCUUUCUUUUCCAGGACAUUCCAAAAUUGUUGUACUGGCUAUGCCCAAUGCUUGUCCCUCUUUUCACAGCUACAAAAUGGUUUGCUUUUCUCCCAUAGACAGCUCUCUGGUCUUCAUGUUGGUUUAUCCUUUUUAGCAACAAAUGCAGUCUUCACAGGUGAAACUCAGGGCUCAACCCAAGAGUAGACAUUCAGAGCUAUUAAUUGUUUAAAACAAUCAAUCUAACAGGACACACCUGGGCAACAAGAAACACCUGUCAGUCACAUUCCAAUAUUUUUGACCACUUGGAAAAAUUGGGGUGGUUCAGACAAAAGGUGCCAUGUUCUAGGUUGCUUAACACGUCUAGAUGUAAAUAUCAGGAAAUAAAAACUGUAAUUCUGAUCUAUCAUCUCAUAUUCAUCUUCUGAUCUCAAACCCAAAUGUCUUCAGUGUGUAACAAAAACAAAUGAAUUGGCCUUGCUGUUCCAAUACUUUCGGAGGGGCUGUGUGUAGUGCACUACGUAGGGUCUAUAACACCUUAAUUAUACCCUAUGUAGUGAGCAUAUAUAGUGAACAGAAAGUCUGCACGAUUUUCAUUGCUUAGGAAAGCGACAGUUUUUACCUUCUGUGGUUUGUGAUGAACAGAGUGUAGCUGCUGCUAAUGUUCGCUCAUUAAUAUUUACUAUACACUCAUUAAUAUUCGCAUGCAUUUCAAUACUAAAUCUUUUCAAUACAAUUGCACUUUUUAACUGAAUUAAAUAGCAGCCCUAGCUCACAAAAAUCUUUAUUAUUAAUAGCACAGGUGAUGUGUUUAGAGCUCACUCUCAUCAGAGAAGCUUCUUAAAAGUCUUAAAACUGGAAUCAGAACGUUUCUUAGACAUUUUUUUGUCGUCUUUUCACAAUAAUUUCCAUUUAAAUAGAAUCAAAUCCGUCUCCUUAUUCUACGACUCUUAUCUGCUUUAAUAAUGAUCUUCAAUAAACGUAAAUAAAAUCGAUGUAUAAAUUAAUGUAAAUAAAUUCUGUACCAACCAAAAUGUUAAAUUUAUAAAUAACAAGGCGUUGUGUAAGAGAUUCCACGUUUAUGCAUAUUCAUUAUUCAUAAGCUGGUUGUCUUAUGAAAAGAUUUGUUUAUAUAUAUUUAGCUACUUUGUGUUUAGUUGUACAGUGGAGUGCAAAAGUUUACACACCCCUGCUCUGAAGUGUGUCUUGGAUAAUUUUGUUUGUUUAUCUGUUUACCGGUGUUUUAUUUUUUGUCAUGUUUUUGUGUCUGCUUUUCAUACAUGUUUAAAAUAUUUUCUCUAUCUCCAACUUUUUCCAGACUUCCACGGAAUCGUAACUGAUCUCAGAACUCAUCUGAUUAUGAGUUUGAGCUUGUCUGGACUUUUCCUGACUCCACAAAGUGAAAAUUCACGUCUUUUUUUUAAAUUUUAUUUUAUAAAUAGCAUUAAAAGGAUAGACGUUUUUACAUCACACACUUACUAACAAGAACAAACCCAGACGAGAACAUGGGAUUGCACUUGUAAUUCAUUUUCCACCAUUUUGUGAUGACAGUAAAAUUGAGUGAAACAUAAUUAUCACGAAUGUAAACUUCUGGGUUACAUUUUGUUCGUAAGGCGACGAUUCGAUAUGUGACGAUACCACUGAGUCUACGAUACAAUACGAUUCGAUUCGAUUUAGUCACCUCUGAUCGAAACUGCUGGAGGAAGAAGCUAACCUGUUAAAUUAUUCACACAUAAGCUUAAAAAUACGAAUUAAUUUUUUAACCCCGUGUGUAAUAUUUCCUUUUUUUAAUCAUUUAAGAUAGUUGCUUUGAUUCAAUUCAAUCAUUGCCUUUUAAAUCGAUGCAUCAAUCCAAAUCUUUGAUCGUUACACCUGUAUGAAGGUGAUUUACUGAAAGAAAAAAAAAAGUUGUUUGAUAAAGCUUUUAGAAUUAAAACAUAAAAAAGGACGUGACUAACUUACUGAGGCUCAUGCAAAUAAAAAUAAUUACAGAAUGUCGACAGGGACACAAACUUCUGAUCAUGCUAGUAAAUAUUCUUCCUGAUGAUCUGUCAGUUGCUGUAAUAUUUAAUUCUCAAGUCAUUUUUUUUUUGUAAAAAUAUUGGGUUUUUUUUCACCCAGGAAGCGAGGGGGAUGCUAACUUUUGCACUCAACUGUACAGAUCAGGCUCGUUCAUUUAAUAUCUGACCUUGGUCAUUUAAGGCUGCUGUGUUUUUGCCAAAUAAAGGGCUGAAUAUCGGAGCUCAGAGUGUUUACAGCAGGAACGUUCCUCUGUGUGCUCACACUCAAGCCCACAAACACCAAGGACACCAAAUCCUUUUUUUAAUUUAUUUAUUUCACUCUUCUGUUGUCAGGAUCAGUGCUGUCCGUCGUUCCUCUGCUGGUGCUCGCUGUAUUUUUUUCCUCACCGUCUGGUCAGGUGUUUAAUCUAUAAAUUGUUGUUGAAUAAUUAUUAUUCCAGUGUUCUUCAAUAUCCAAAGUGCAACCGUGUGUGUGUUUGGAAGGUGUGUGUGUGUGUGUGUGUGUGUUUUAUGGUGAUCAGUGUCAGGUUUUUAAUCCAGAUCAGUACGAUAUGUCGAGGCGUGCGUCAGGAAGCUCGCCGGAGAAAUAAAGAACGUGUUAAAUAACAGAAACCUGCGUUCACGCUAGCAAGCGACGUUUAUUUUCUGCGUACGUUUGCGACACGGAGCCACGAUUUCCUCAAUUCUAUGCAAAUUAGGUAAACGACAAAUCCAAAUGAUCAGCUUGAAGGAUUCCUCGGACCGAUCCUAUGGCACGUGUCGUCCGACGUUUCUUCAGUUUCCCGCUCACUACUUUAGUUUCCUACCCGCGAUUAUUUCCUCAGAAAAAAAAAAAAAAAUGUGAAAAAGUGGUUUUAUCUUAUCGUGUCGUAUAAAAUGUGUGUAGAGACCGUCGGUGCCUCAGUUCGCUUGAUUUGCUAAGCUGAUCUGAGAGCGAAGCCAGGCGUGUAACACGUUAAUCACAUGAUCGAUUUUCACACUAAUUAGUGCGUUAUUUAAUUUGUGUUUAACUUGUUACCUUUAGAAGCGAUAUAUAUAUAUAUAUAUCUAUAUAUAUAUAUAUAUAUAUCAACUGCAUUUCUCAUCAAUAUGUAGGAAACACAGGACAGGACAGGCCACGCCCACCAGCGACAACCGACAAGUGAGCGAUUCGUCACGCGGUAGUCUGAACGUACGGUGAAAGAGUACAAACCGAAAAACAGUAGAGUGUGUGAUUAAAACCCAGUUACGCACACGCCUCUAUCUCAGAACGCACAAGGCAGUGACUGAUGCAGAGAUUUGUGAGCUCAGAAUGUUUAGAAACACUAAACUGAUGUAUUUUUCUAUGAAUCCAAAUAUAAAGAUAAAUAAUUCGAGGCUAUAUGAUAUAGAUAUGUGUAGAGAUAUAGUUAUGAUUUUUUUUUUUUCUUUUCCAGUGGCAUUGUUUUCUCUUCUCGUGAGGCCAAUCUCAUACCACUUCAUCUGAUUGCAGUUUUUUUUUUUCCUGUUAAACGCUGCCGUGAAUUUGUUCUAAAAUUAGCAACAUUUAAAUCAGGUCUUUGCUUUGUGCAUUUUGCUUUUUUUCCUUCAUUUCUACACCUUGCUUCCUCCUUCAAUCGCAGCACUGAUUAUUUUAUUUAUUUAAUGUUCGAUAAACCAGUUUUCUUCCUUUCACACCUUUAUAAGCCAUACUGAAUUCUCAAUUCUGAAGUUUUCAGACUCUUACUUUGGACCAUUUUUUAUUUACUUUUUAAAAAAAAAAAAAAAAGGAAAAAAUCCUAUAAGGUUUUAU